AUGUCUUUCGGCAAGCUCUACGGGUUUCCCGAUAAUGCGCGCUCUACCGUGCUUUUGGCGGUUGCCAAAGCCAAUGAGCUAGACGUCGAGCUCGUCGAUACUCGCCCUCCAAAUACAUCCGUCGACUACCAGAAGCUCAACCCCCUCAACAGAGUCCCGACCUUCCAUGGUGCGGAUGAUUUCGUUUUGACCGAAGUCAUUGCUAUCGCCAUCUACUUCGCUUCGCAGAACGAGAAGACUACCCUUUUGGGAAAGACGAAAAAAGACUAUGCGUCCAUCGUCCGCUGGAUGUCCUUUUCCAACUCGGAGCUUCUCCCUGCGCUCGGAAGCUGGUUCCGCCCCCUGAUUGGCAAGGAUCCCUACAACAAGAAGAACGUCGAGGACGGUAAGGCCGCCACUCUCAAGGCUGUCAACGUUCUCGAGAGUCACUUCCUCGUCAACACAUUCCUGGUUGGUGAGCGUGUCACUCUGGCCGAUCUGCUUCUUGCCUCCCAGGCCUCUCGGGGCUUCCAGUAUGUCUUCGACAAGUCUUUCCGCUCCGAGUACCCCAACAUCACCCGUUGGUUCGAGACUUUGGUCAACCAGCCCAUCUGGAAGGCCGUUGUUGAGAAGCCCAUCUUCGUCGAGGAGGCUGUCAAGUAUACCCCUCCCAAGAAGGAGCCCAAACCUGCCGCGGCUCCCAAGGCCGCUGCUCCCAAGCCCGCCGCCGACGAGGAAGACGACGAGCCCAAGCCCGAAGCUCCCAAGGCCAAGCACCCCAUUGAGGCUCUUGGCAAGCCAACUCUCAUCCUCGAUGACUGGAAGCGCAAGUACUCCAAUGAGGAGACCCGUGAGGUCGCCCUUCCCUGGUUCUGGGAGAACUACAAGCCGGAUGAGUACUCCCUGUGGCGCGUCGACUACAAGUACAACGAUGAGCUCACCAUGACCUUCAUGAGUGCCAACCUCGUUGGUGGUUUCUUCGCACGUCUCGAGGCUUCUCGCAAGUACCUCUUCGGAGCUUGCUCCGUCUAUGGCCAGACCAACGACAGCGUCAUCCGUGGUGCCUUCUUGGUCCGUGGUCAGGAGGCGCUCCCCGCCUUCGAUGUCGCCCCCGACUGGGAAUCCUACGAGUUCACCAAGCUCGACCCCUCCAAGCCCGAGGAUAAGGCCUUCGUCGAGGACGAGUGGUCUUGGGACAAGCCCAUUGAGGUCAACGGCAAGACCUACGAGUGGGCCGACGGCAAGGUCUUCAAGUAG